CGCGAGUUCGAUAUUAUUCUCGGUAUACAUUGGCUACAGAUCUUGGGACCGAUAACUAGUGAUUGGAGGAGUCUUACUAUGUGCUUCAAGUGGAGGGACAAGGAAUGGAGGUUGAGAGGUCUGACCACGGCCAUUGGGCCUGUCGAGAUGGAAGAGUGCGCGAAGGGGGAGGACUUGAGAGCCGGAUACCAUCAGAUCAGGAUGCAAGAGGAGGAUGUGCCCAAAACAGCAUUCCGCACCCACAAUGGCCAUUAUGAGUACUUGGUCAUGCCAUUCGGGCUGUGCAAUGCUCCAUCUACCUUCCAGGUAGCCAUGAAUGACAUUUUCGGCCACUCUUGAGACUGUAUGUCUUAGUAUUUUUCGAUGAUAUACCGGUAUAUAGCCCGACUUGGGAGGACCAUUUGAGACAUUUGCAGGAGUUGUUUGAGAUUCUUCAUAAACAUUAGUAUUAUGUCAAGGCCUCCAAGUGUGUGUUUGGAAUGCAGAAGGUGGAUUAUCUGGGUCAUGUGGUGACGCCUCAGGGAAUACAGGUGGACCAGACCAAGAUUCAAGCCAUGGUGGACUGGCCUUUACCCACCAACGUGACCGAGUUACAUGGCUUCCUAGGAUUGACGGGGUACUAUCGGAAGUUUGUGCAGGGAUAUAGUAUGAUAGCGAGACCCCAUCUACUACCUGCAGGGUUGUUGCAGCCGCUACCGGUACCGAAGCAGGUUUGGGAGGACAUCAACAUGGAUUUUAUAGUGGGACUUCCUCCCUCAGGCGGCAAGACUGUGUUGUUUGUGGUGGUAGACCGUUAUGCUCACUUCAUGCCUUUGGCCCAUCCGUACACGGCGAAGACCGUGGCUGAGCAGUUCGUGACAGGGGUGGUGCGGCAUCACGGGUUCCCUCGAUCUAUUGUGAGUGAUCGGGAUCCAGUCUUCUUGAGCCACUUCAGGCAGGAGGUCUUUGAUAUGGCAAAGACGGCGUUGCGUAUGAGCUCGGCCUAUCAUCCGCAGACAGAUGGACAGACGGAGAUCGUGAACAAACAUCUGGAGCAGUACCUCCGGUGUUUUGCCCAUCAGGAACCCAAGAGCUGGUUGGCCAUGAUUCCGUGGGUUGACUUAUGGUAUAAAACCACAUACCAUCGGGCCAUUCAGAUGUCACCGUUCGAGGUCUUGUACGGUCGCGCCCCAUCGUCCCUGGUACGGUACAUGCUUGGCGACAGCUCCGUGGAUGCGGUGGAUCGAUGAUUGGGGCGAGAGAUGAGGCGCUGGAGCAGUUACGCAGUACGUUGGCGACGGCCAACAACCGGAUGAAGCAGAUGGAGGAUGCUGGUCGGAGGGAAGAAGAGUUCGAGGUGGGUGACUGGGUACUACUGAGAUUGCAUCCCUAUCGGCAGGCCUCAUUCUUUCGGCGUGCAUACCAGAAGCUAGUUGCGUGCUACUUCGGCCCUUAUGAGAUUCUGCAGAAGGUAUACCCGGUGGCAUACCGUUUGCAGCUACUUGCGGAGUCUCGCAUUCAUCCGACCUUCCACGUUUCCCUGUUGAAACGUUACCGAGGAGCAGCAGAUAGAGUCGAGACGACUGCCCCUCCUGUCAGUGCGGAUUGAGAUCUCAAGCUCGAACCGCUAAGGGUGCUCGAGACGAGGUGGUCGAAGAAGAAGGGACGGCUGGUGGAGAAGAGUUUGGUGUUUUGGAAGCAUUUGGAACCGGAGGAUGCGACAUGGGAGGAGAACGGAGAGUUGCAGCAGAAGUUCCCGAACUUCAACCUUGAGGGCAAGGUCGGGCUUAAAGAGGGGGAGAAUGUUAGAAACCGACGGGUUGGGCCGGUCGGGUGAGGGGAUGGCAGUUUUGUUAUUUUAAUUAUUUAUUUUUAGUAUGUAAGAGGAGGAAACACUGUUCUGCAGAUUAGUCAAUAAUCAAUAUUUCAAUCUAAAUUCCUAAAUUCCCAAUUCUCUCUAUCUCUUUUUCUUCCCCAAUUUCCCUCAAAUCCCUAAUUUCUUCUCUUCUCAAUCCAUAAUUCCCUUGUGGAACUUCUUUGUUUCUAACAUAUAAGGAUGGUAUAUUUUGGUUUUGUCUUUGCCAUCUGUUUUUUGAACUGAGUGUUUGAUGUGAGUCAAAGAUGUUCAAGGUCUCAAAGUUUCUUGUUCUCUCUGGACUUGUACUUUGGCUAUGAAUUUGGAUGCCCAGUUAAGUGUUGUAGCAUGUUAUAUCGUCCAAAUUACUUACCUUUGAAUAAUCAGAUAACUAUGUAAGCCUGCACUAUUAUGCCUAUGGACGUAUGAAUUACCACCCUGAAACUGCUAUCUGUAUCUCACCGCUGGCCGUCCACAGAGUUCCUCAUGCAUUUUGGUUGUUUUAGAUCUAUGUCCUUCACUCUUCGGAAUGCACUCACAAUAAUAAGCAUGAAUUGUGAUCCACAAGUUAUGGUUCAGUUCUGCUGUGUUACUAAUCAAAUUGGUAUCAGGUCUUUUUCCAUCUUUGCUUUGGCAUGUCAAUACUACUAUGCAUUAGUUGUCUCGGUCUCUCAACACCUACAUGCUAACUAAACAGUACUGUCACCAUAUGCUUUAAAGUUCUCCAUCUUCAAGAUUCACGACAUCUUUGCUUUUCCACCUUUUAACACCAUGUAACGUUAGGUUUUGGUGGCUCAAUAUUUGCCUUCCGAUUCUUGUUCCUCUGAUGAUAUUAUUUUGGUCUAAUUUUCCUGAUAGGUUGAUUGAAGUUCAGGGUCUUGGUGCAUCCUGGAAACUGGACAGUUCAAAGUUGGUGUAGCUGCUACAAAGACAUAUGGUUCUUUUAGUUUCAGAACUAUAGAGUCGGCUUGAAGCCUUAUAUUUGUAAUUGAUGUUUGUAAUUUUGUGAGUAAGGAAUUGAUCCUUCUUUGUUUCAUAGUUUCUUCGUAGUUCUUAGUCCUCUCCUGCUUCUUCUCUUCUGUCAGUUCUGUGGUACUGAAUAUUUACUUCAUAUUUUGUCUGCUGACUACUGCUUCUAAAUUCUCUUUCUUUGCCUCCACAGUAACCAUAUUAACAUAUCCUGAUGGGCUGGCCUGUUGAAUUUCCUGGACACAAAAGCCUGCCGGUGACGGGCCCGGUAACACCAUCCGACCUGGUUCUUGUUAAUCCUCCACGGCACCUAAACGAAAAAGUCAAGAGUACAGGCCCAUUGACUCCUCCGUCCUUACGCGGGAAGACACAAGAAACGACCUCUGAUUCG